AAACCACCAUUAGCAGUUAGACGUGUCGUUCAAUGGAAGCAGUUGUAUCACAUUGCAAUUUACAGUUUCCUUUCACUAGUCACGGUUGAAAUGUUAUUGAAACAUUCAUGAAGCACUCUGCUCCUUCCCUCCACCUCCUUGCAGCCGCUGCUUUCACCGACGCCGCCACCGCCAACGCCGCCAUGUCCUCUGCUCAACCAUUCCGAGGUGGCCGGAGCCGCGGCCGGAGAAACUUUUCCGACCGUCCUUCCGGCGAACAAAGUGAGCAAAACAUUGCAACUGGAGACUCUCACUUCCAUUCUGUUCGUGAAACCAAUAGAAAUCUCCGCCCUUCCCCAAAUUUUCGACCUUUCCGACCUUGGGAACCAACGCCGAGUUUUCAUCCUAAUCAACAGACUUAUGGACAAUUGCCGCCUCCUCAACCGCGUCAGCCUUUUCUUCACAAUCAGCAAUCUUAUAGAGCAAUGCCGCCACCAGCCGGACUUUAUCAAAAUCAGCAGUUCAAUAGAGCAGUGCUGCCACCGCCACGAGGACCACAAUAUUUCCGGAAUCAGCAGUUUAAUAGACCGAACUUUUAUGAGAAUCAGCAGUUUAAUAGACCGAACUUUUAUGAGAAUCAGCAGUUCAGUAGACCGAAUUUUUAUGAGAAUCAGCAGUUUAGGCCGCGGCCAUCCCCUCCCAAGGCAUUGAACUUUCGGAAUUGGGAGUAUGCUAGAACUGGACCUCCGCCUCAUUGCGGUAAAUUUGUAUAUUUCUUCAAUGUUACGUUUACUUGAAUUCAGGUACAUCAACUGUUAAGAUGGUUGUGGUAGUUUGAUAACCAGUUAAAAGCUAGUCAAUUCACGAUGAAUCCUCGUGCUUGAGAUUGAGACCUAGUUGCAGUUGUGUUUUUUUGUUGCAUAGAUGGAAGGACAUACAUGAAGUUAAAGAAUCCAUGGAACUGACUUGAUAUUAUUCGAAAAUUGUAGUAUGUUUGUAUUAUGAGUUUGUCAUAAGAUGUGGUCUACUUGGAAAUUCUUUUCUUUGGUUUAUUGGGUAACAGUGUGUGGUGAGAAAUGUGAUGUAGAAUAGAAGAGGAUACCUCUUUGUGUUCAAGGUUGAUUAUUCUUUAAAAUUAAACAAAAUAGGACGUAAUUGUUUCAUACAACGUGUUGAUAUGCAAAUGGAAUGGAGAAGAGUUUCACUUUCGCUAACCAAUAUGAUACUUCCAUUUCAGUUAAGGCAAACACAUUUAAUUGCUAAAAUUGAACAUAGUCUUGUAGAAGAGCAUGGAGACAACCUAAGUUGCUCCGAUAUGGCAAUUUAGGUGCCGCACCCUUGUCGACACGACACUAGGGUGGGUGGUGACUACGACGGACGGAAAAAUUCGAGAUGAGAUACAAUUUGAUUCCCGAAAUUAGAACCAAAACUAGGGUAAAUUUGAAGAAUAUAACAUAGCUUAUCUAGGAAAUCACUCAUUUACUUAUCUACAACUUGAGAAUAAAAAAGAAAUCCAAACUUUACAAGCUAUACUUAAGUAUUCUACAAAACUUCUCAUAAUUUAGAGAUAUUUUUAUAUAUUUUUUUUGAAUUACUCUUAGCCGGAUAUCCGUAUCCGUAUUCAUACUAGGAUUCAUAUCCCCGAAUCUUAGAAUUUACAUCUCGAAGGAUCCGACCUCUAGAUACGCACCCGCGUCGACACCCGCACCUGUGUCCGAGCAACUUAGGAGACAACUAGAGGUAAAAAAGAAAGAGAAGAAGAGGAAGCAUGUCCAAUUGGUGCAUCCAAAAAAAGAUGUGCACUUCUUUAAAUUACCUAGCUUUGAUGUACUAUCCUAGAUUUGGCAUCGAGACUUUGUUAAGGAAUAAUUGAUUAAUAAGGAGGUAAACUAAAUGCUUCCUGUCGUAGCAGUGUUGUGAAGCGAGGAAAAGCGACAACCCCCAUUUCGCUUAAAGCGAG